UCUAAUCUCUCUCAUUCAAUAUUUAAACAAUAACAAUAAACAGAAGAAAAACCGGAACGGCUAGGAGAGGAAGAAAAUAAGGGAGAGAGGGAGUUUUUGAAUUUUGUUCUGUGACGAGUUUUUGACAUUUCUCUCUCACCGAGAGAUAUGUUGGUGUCUGGUGAGAUUUGCUGAGUAUUCCUUGUUAUCUUCACUAUAAAUUGUCAUUUGAGAAGAAGACAUUUGAAGAAAUUUACUUAAGUCAGUACUCUGACCAACACGUUUGCAAUUUAUUUCAUCAUGGUUGUUACUGCUGCUACUGCGUCAUUCUUCCCCGCUGCUUCUCCAUCUGCCGAAUCCACUGCAAAGUCUGCCAAGCUUGGUGCUCCCAAUUUGGGAGGAAUCAAGUCAAAGUCUGUUUCAGGUGGUGGUCUGAAAGUCAAGGCAAACGCCAAAGCUCCUUCUAAACUAAAUGGUACCCCAGUUGGCUUGACAUCUCCUGCAGAAAGAGUGAAGAAUGUGAACAGUGUUCCAUCACCAGCACCUAGAACAUUUAUCAACCAGUUACCUGAUUGGAGCAUGCUUCUUGCUGCUAUCACAACCAUAUUGCUGGCAGCAGAGAAGCAGUGGAUGAUGCUUGACUGGAAGCCAAGGCGGCCUGAUAUGCUAAUCGAUCCUUUUGGCUUAGGUAAAAUUGUUCUGGAUGGUCUUGUAUUUCGGCAGAACUUCUCGAUCAGAUCAUAUGAAAUUGGUGCUGAUCGUACGGCAUCCAUAGAGACGUUAAUGAAUCAUUUACAGGAAACGGCCCUCAAUCAUGCUAAGAGUGUAGGUCUUCUUGGUGAUGGGUUUGGUUCCUCCCCAGAGAUGAGCAAAAGAAACCUGAUAUGGGUGGUCACUAGAAUGCAGGUUCUUGUAGAUCGUUAUCCUAUGUGGGGUGAUGAUGUUCAAGUAUAUACUUGGGUGAGUGCAUCAGCAAAAAUUGGUAUGCGUCGUGAUUGGCUUGUUUGCGAUGGAAAAACUGGUGAAACUCUAGCUCGAGCUUCCAGUGUUUGGGUGCUGAUGAAUAAACUGACAAGGAGAUUAUCCAAGAUUCCAGAAGAAGUUAGAGGGGAAAUUGAGCCUCGUUUUUUGAAUAGUGAUCCUGUUGUUGAUGAGGACAACAGAAAACUACCAAAACUUGAUGACAAUACGGCGGAUAUUGUCCGUGGAGGUUUAACACCUAGAUGGAGCGAUUUAGAUAUCAACCAGCAUGUUAACAAUGUGAAGUACAUUGGCUGGAUCCUUGAGAGCACUCCACCGCCAAUCCUUGAGAGUCACGAGCUUUCUUCCUUGACUCUAGAAUACAGGAGGGAAUGUGGAAGGGACAGUGUGCUGCAGUCCCUAACAGCUGUUUCUGGUGCUUCCAUAGGAAAUUUGGGAAAUGCUGGUGAUAUUGAGUGCGAGCACUUGCUUCGCCUUGAGAAGGGAGCUGAGAUUGUGAGGGGAAGGACUGAAUGGAGGCCCAAACAUGCCAAAGACUUUGGCAUUGUGGGUCAUGUUCCAGCAGAGAAUGACUAGGAGUAUCAAAUUCUUUGCAGAAAGCUGGAAUGAAAUGCAGGUGUACUGCAGCGUUGAUUUUGGCACUUUGGACCACAUAGAUUCUCUGUUCCAAGGCCUUCAACAAAAUCUAGUGGAAAUAACCAAAGCCACAAGAAAAGACUAGUUGACUCUUUAGUUCAGAUUCAUAUGUUGAUGACAAUGGAGGGUGCAUAACAACCCAGGUGGUGAUAUGGUUUCAUUUUUAUUUUGUUGACAAACAUCACUUUCAGGAACAAAAAAUUUAAUCUCCUUCUUCAUGCCCCGCCAAUAAAACCCUCUUUUUAGCUUGUGAUAAGUGUUUAUGACA